GAGGACUCCAAGAGAGCAUGGAACUAAACGUUUUGAAGUAUACCUAGCAUUGAUGUCCCAUCAGUAUCCAAUAUAUAUGAUAGUAAAGUCGUACAAUUCCACUCGGUGUCAAUCUUCCCAUUUUUAACCCCUUUAUUACCUUAAGCAAUAAGCCAAUAUGGAUCCUCUCGCGUCGAUCAACCCAUAUGUAUCACUCAAAGAAGGACCACAGUUGGGUCAAGUCUAUCAGAAACUACCUGCUAAGAGUGCUCGUUUUCUACGGUAUAAGGGAACAGAGAAAUCAGCAGAAACGUCUGAGCAGCUCCUUGUAUUCGAUUUUGAGGUUCAUCAGGUUCAAGAUGCCAAAUCUCAAUACUCAGCCUUAUCCUACACAUGGGGUCAUCCAAUACUCGAUAAAUUCGAAGAUGACUAUUCGCACGCGAUGAUUUGCAGCGGCCGACGUAUGCCGAUUGGCAUAAACUUGAACGACGCCCUUCAGUAUGUUUACUUAGAGUCGGAUAUUGCCCCGCCAUUAUUCUGGGUAGACGCUGUCUGUAUUAACCAAAGCGACCUCGUGGAGCGAGCCGAGCAGGUUACCCUCAUGACUAGUAUCUACUUCAACGCCGCUAACGUUGUUGUGUGGCUGGGGAAGGACGACGAGGACGCGCAUGAGGCCCAUUCACUCUUGUCUGAGUACACGCCUGCCCUCAGGAAUAUCGGAUUGGACUUGAUCUCGGCGAAUCCCGAUGGCGGGAUAGGGGCGGGAGUAGUCAAUUUGUACGACGACAAGAAGCUCCAUGAAAAAUAUCAUCUCACCCCAAGAAGUAUGGAUUCGUGGACGGCACUCGUGAGAUUUCUGUCUCGGAGAUGGUUUAGUCGCAUUUGGAUCGUGCAGGAGAUGGUAUUUAACCAGUCUCAUUUGGUCUGUUGUGGUCCCCUACGCUUUAACUGGCAGGACUUGGAUGGUUUCGUCGGCUUCGUCUUCGGCGCACAGUGGCACGGGAUGAACUUUCAUGGGCUUGAACGAGAGACGGCGAGGAUUGCACGUACUUUCACAUUCCAUCGUGAGAUUCGCUUAUCGGGAACGGAGUACUUGAACGACGACCCAAAGUUCAGUCUCCUAAGCCCUGAAGGAAAGCUGUAUGAUUUUGCACAGAGCUAUCUCCUUUCAUCCGCUUUCUUGGAGGCAACAGAUCCCCGUGACAGAGUGUAUGCGUUAUCCGCAUUUGUUAAUUCAUAUGCGGUUAAGGUAGACGUCAAACCUAUCUGGCUCAAGGCGGAUUACUCUCUUCAGACAACGGAAGUUAUGCUACGUACCGCACAGCUAUUGUUGUGGAAGACACGAUCCCUGGACAUGCUUUCAUAUGUUUCUGAUCUCAGCUGUCGAGUACAGUCCGACCUACCGUCUUGGAUGCCGCACUUCCACGUCCCUGGAGCUGUUGCAUCUGUGGAGUCUUUGCUUGAUUUACACCAGGGUAGGAAGUUCCACGCUGGUAGCUUGUCGUCGACAGUGCCCACAUUCUCUGACAUAUAUAUGCACCUGGACUCGGCGGGCAAUGAGUUAGAGGUCCCGGGGUACCUCCUAGAUACCGUGGAAGAAAUUGUCCUCUUUGAGUCGGGUCUCCUCUCCAUCUUAGAAGUUUGUCUUAGCUUACCGCAUACAUAUGCAAAUGGACAGUCGCCAGUUGAGGCGCUCUGGCGGACUCUCAUUGGUGGAAGAACAGACACGGCGUUUCCUGCACCACAAGAGACGGCAAUCGACUUCGCCCAAUUCGUCAAAGCCGGUCUCAUAGGAGUCGCUCUGGAUGCACUUAGAUCCGGAAAUAAAGCGCUGCUAACAAGGCUUAUCAUGGCUUUAGGGGGGAUAGAAACAAGAUGUCCACACCCCUCAGUCCCGACGGUCAGGGAGUUCAAUGUCAUAUUGAGUAAUGUUUUAGGAGAUCUCGAUGGCUGUAUCAAAAUGCUGAAGGAUCUACGUUCUAAUUGCGCGUAUCGGACUAUGAUCUCCCCUACACAUUGGGGCCAAAAAGGCAAAGCCUUGUUUCGUAGUCAUAAGGGCUUUCUAGGAUUGUCGCCACAUUCGACUCAAACAGGGGAUGAGGUGUGGCUACUAAAGGGGGCGAGCGUGUUCCACGUGUUAAGGGGUGAUGAUGGUACAUCAGGAGGGAAGAUAUUGCUGGGAGAAGGAUAUGUUCACGGUUUUAUGGAAGGGGAAGCUUUGAGGCUUGAUGGAAUCGAUUAUUGUUCUGUACUCAUAAAGUGAGUUACAUCUAUGUAAAUAGUAGAUCACAUAGUUAUAACGUAGGGAACAGUGGUUUAAGAAAUGAUAAUCUGACAAUGAUAUUAUUAGCAUAUUACUUUUUAUGAUAUCCGGGGUAAC